AUGGGCCAGCAGCCUUUCAUGUAUAGUGCGCCAACGCGCGAGGAUUCGAGAUUCCCAACUGCUACUUUUGAUCCAAAGGCUGUUACCCGCGCGAGCUGGGAGCCCAAGCAGAGAAAAGCUGCGCCAAAGGGACCGUUGGUGUCGUUUGAUCUUCAUCCCGACUACCAUGUCAUUCUACCACAUCGAUCGGGCAAUUAUUCCCCUUUGGAUCUCAGGAUCAAAGCCUACAUCACAUGGUUGAGGCGAGUCCAGGUUGCGCUGCGCGGUUUGCAGUUGAUUGCUGCCAUUGGUGUGCUGGUUCUCUUUUCUCUGUUUACAGGUGUAGAUGACACCACCGCUUGGGCAAUGAGGAUUUUGCAAGCGAUCACAAUCACCCACUCAGCUUACGCUAUAUACCACCUCUCCCGAGAUGCGGUGGCUAGAGCACCUGCAUCCUCAGCGGCUUAUCACUUCGGCUGUGUCGUUUUGGACUCGGGAGCUAUAGCUGGCUAUGUUCUCGGAGCCCUUACCUUACAUAAAAAUGCGACAAAUUGGGGAAUCGUCUUCAACAAUCAGGACAUAAUGUCCAAGUUUACCUCAGCUGUGCUGUAUACCGCGGUUGGCGCAGGUGGCACGCAUGUGCUCACACUCUCAUCAAGUGCCUGGCUGGGAUGGCUGUUCCGCAAGAUUAGCCUUAUGCCGCCGGACAUGAACCCUCUCGAGGACAACUUGACGGCCCGACCCGCGCACAAGAGAAACAAAUCGUCGCUAUCCACCAAUACGAGCUACGCACCUGAAGCUGAGAAGCCCUGGCAGGAGAGUCGGCGUAAUUCGGCGAGCGUCUAUGACGCUGUCCCAGAACGCGUCUCAGUUUCUUUCAUGCACACAAGGACUGAAUCGCGUGAUUCUGCCAUCAGCAUGGGAUCGAGAAUCAGCGCUUCACCUGAACGCAAGAAGGCUCCGCUUAGAUAUCAGCCACGCGCGUCAAACCCAAUCUCUUACUCCGAGGUCCCGUCCCAUGAGCCCGAAACAUCGCCUCAUAGGGCCAGCAAGGCCCCUGCGACUCAGAAUGCAGAGACACGGAGGCCACCCGCAGUUUCACGAGCACUUAUGCCCGGUCAGCGUGCAGUGCGCUCCCAUCGUUCCUCAGGCUCCAAGUCCUAUGCCGCUCUAGAAAACCCGUACAGCACAGGUGGAAUUUCUUCCGACUCAGAGGGCGAAGAUAGCACCUUGGGCGACAUUCUUCGACAGAAGGGCCGACUUGGCAUCACACAUCCUAAGCCCCUAACGUCGAACCCAAUCCUUCCGAGGCCGCUAAACACUCGCAAUACUCUUCGUGGUCAGAUAGAUUAUGACGCACAAUAUGAAGCUUCUGACGGAGAGCCAACCAGCUGGCUAAGUCAAGAUGUUGACCACAGCCAGGAGGAGCAGAAUAUGCGGUCCCAGAGGUAUCGAGAUAGCUCUAUUCAGCUUGACAGCCACUUUGACACAAAGCACUCCAGCGGUGAUGAAGUUCUGUCGGCACCAACCGCACUCGGCAGUAGCCGCAAAGUUUCAUCCGGAAACGAUUAUUGGUCGAACCCCUCAGCCGCUUACGAGCGACGAAGGGUCAGUGGUAAGGUAGCGGAAGAGGGUAGAGCUGAAGGAGGUAGAGCAUUGUUGGGAACAAAGGUUAGGUGA